AUGGUGGGCACCGUCUUUUGGCUGACGGAGCGCCACCGACGCUCGAAAUCAAACCCCAAAUUGGACACCCACAGCCGCUGGUUGUUCCGUCCUGAUAAGCCGGAAAUGUUAGGAAUCAUCGCCUUUGAUACGGCUAAGUCCAUGUCUCGUAUAAUCUCUCUGUAUAAAUCGCUCUCGGAUGCGGAGAUGUGCCGUAUACGCAAGACUGUCAUUCGAGGCCGAGGGAUCACAUAUUUGACUUCGGAUGAUGAAGGCUUCCUAUUGACUCUCGCCUGCACGGAGCGGCUGGAGGAUUUGGACCAUGCCGCCAAUGCCGUGUCACGUAUUGGGCAGAAGUGCUCAGAUUAUGGUCUGGUGCGGUUUUUACAAGUGUACAAUGAUUUGAAGAGCGGAUGUGUGGACAUAGAGAAGCUCAAUAACUAUGGAUCGAAGGAGAUGGAGAAGUCCCUUGAAAAGAUGGAGAAGUUUACUUCAUUGACAGGCGAAUUAUAUAGCAUGCUUGAAGAACUGACCCACAUGGAAGUAUCUGAGAACAAGUUGAACGAGUGGAGGAAACAUAACAAGGACCAAAAUACAAAUUAUGAUCUGUUUGAUAAUAAGAUUGCCGCUCAAAGGAAGCUUGUACGCCAUUUGAAGGAGGUUUCAUUGUGGAAUCAAUCCUAUGACAAGGUUGUUGGACUUAUGGCCAAAAUGGUAUGUCUUCUUUACGCUAGAAUUUGUACACUUUUUCGGCCUUACAUUUCUAUACUAUCAAACGCUUCAUCAAAAAACAAGCAUUAUAAUAACCUUAUCCACCAAAAGUUAUUGUUUGACCCAACACCCAAAAUUACAAUGUCCGGACCAAUACCAAGCCCUUGCCAAAAGAGGAUUCCUCUUGUGCGGUUCCUGAGUACAGACAGCAGUGUUUUCAUUACAGAGGAUGUGAAGUUACACCUGGGUUCGAGACAAUACAACAAUUAUUUGUUUAAUCAAAACAAGGUUUUCCAAGCAGCCCCUCCAUCAACCGUGGGUGGCUCGGGAUUGGCUGCCAGGUAUGCCAGUGUCAUUUUAUUGGCAGAGAGAUACUUCAACUCGGAAUCUCUAAUUGGAGACCAAGCACGUCAAAACCUAUACAAUAUGUUGCCUUCUAGCCUGAAGACAUACGUGAGGUCGAAACUAAGGGUAGCGUGGAGGGAGACGGAGGAUGAAUUAUACAACGGUGAUGCCUUAGCAGAAGGGUGGAGGAAGGCAGUGGAAGACAUGCUUGAGUGGCUUGUUCCGGUGGCUGAGGACACAGUUACGUGGCAAGCUGAGAGGAAUUUGGAAAAACAGAGGUUUGAUUCUAAGCCUACGGUGCUUUUGUUGCAAACUUUGCACUAUGCAGAUUUAGAGAAGACUGAGGCCACCCUUGCCGAGGUAUUAGUUGGCUUAAGCUGUAUAUAUUUGUACGAGAAUCGCAGAAUAUCAUGUUUGGAUACUUAUUGA